CAACAAUGCCAUUAUUCGAUAUAGAACCACCAACAAAUAAUAAAAGAAAAUAAAAAAAAAAACACAAUAUGGAAACCACAGACACUGAAAAAGAAGCGUUUUAUCCUAUUUUCAAUGUUUAUUCACGAGUUGGUCACGUCUGUGCUUCUGUUCAAAAUAAUGUGAUAGUUUGGGGAGGCUAUAGGAAUGAUCCGGAUAUUUUUGCGGAGAAAUAUCUCCCUUCCACAAAAAUUAAUGUUUAUCACACAGAUCAUAGAUAUUGGACAGCACAUGAGACAACAGGCUAUAUUCCACCUGGUACGUCUGGAGCUUGUGCAGUCAUUAUAGACCACAAGCUAUAUGUGUUUGCCGGCCACACACGAAAUGGCAAUACCAACUGCCUGUAUUACCUGGACUUGACAACCCUGUGCUGGACCAACCUCACUCCAACACUGGCUACUGAUGAUGAAAAUGAGGAGCAGGGAGUCCAUAAAGGCGACAUCAACGUUAACCAUAAAGGCGAUUUCAACGUUGACCAUAAAGGCGACAAUAACAAGAAGGAAGAACAACUGUGGCCAAGUCCAAGGGACAAAUUUACAAUGUGGUCUUAUAAGCACAGACUAUACUGUUUUGGAGGGUUUGGACCUAACUUCACCUGUGAUAAUCUCGGUGUUCAUGGACAGUUUGUGUAUGGAGAGGAAGGAAAUGGGUUGUCCCAUCGUGGCUGGAACAAUCAGCUACUGGUGUACGACACCAUCACCAACACCUGGACAAACCCAGCAUGCAAGGGUACGGCCCCAUUACCCAGGGCUGCACAUGCAGCAGCGAGAUCCAGGGGUCAGGUUUAUAUAUUUGGUGGUCGCCAUAGGAACAGACGCAUGAAUGACCUUCAUUGCCUUGACCUUGACUCACUUACCUGGUCUGGAGAGUUGUUUGUGGAUGGGGCAUGUCCAUGUGGCCGGUCCUGGCAUACCCUCACUGCUGCCUCUGAUGAUGUAGCCUUCCUGUAUGGAGGUUACUCGGAAGAAGGGGUUCCUUUAGAUGAUGCUUGGCAGCUUCACUAUGUUAGUCGACAGUGGACACAAGUAACAGUGCGAGAACGUCGGCCUCGCCUGUGGCACACGUGUGCUUGCACAUCUGACGGAGAUCUCCUUGUGUUUGGAGGAUGUGAAAAUGAUAUUCUAAAUUAUGAGGAAUGGAGUAUACAACCCAAUGAUGUCCUAAGUUUGCGAAUACAGCCUGCAAGAUUACAAAGACUCUGCCUUGAAACAGCAUCUAUCUAUAAAGAAGUGACUUCUCAAAGUUGGGAGAUUCUCCCGAAACACCUGUGUGAAUGGCUUGUUAGAAGGCAGACAAUAGAAGAGUUAAGAUCAGGGAGAGAGGCAGAGCCAAACCCUGUGCCCCAUGGAGCACAUGGCCAGACUUGCGCCAUCUCCUGAGACUGAUUACAUUAAUGAUGUUGUUAACUUUAAAACAAACAUUUGAACAAUUGGCCCAUUGUUACUCAUGGCUGGCCAGUGGUGUACAAGGACUUAAAAAAGAAGGAUCACUUCUUUGUCCAGUGUCAUUGUUUGCUAUAAGCAUCCUCAUGUUGCUUUCUGCCUCGGGCUAUAACAUUGCCAGAUCUUUUUCUCAUAAGAAAAUUUUAUGUAUCUUUGCUGAAUGAUUACUAACUGCACUGAAGCAAUGCGUUGACCCUAAAAGUAAGGAUCCAAUAUCACUGAAAGAUUUCAUUUUUUUUUUUUUUUUUCAAUUUUGAAAAUCUAUUUCUGAGGAAUAUUAUAGAGUAGUAUUUAUAAGUGGAUCGAUUUUUUUUUUUUACAAGCAUUUACAUUUAAGUCAAUAUCAUGUAUUGCAUUUAAACUUUAGACACUUGUUCUCUUCCUUCCAACCUGAGUUUAUUACUGUAAGUUAGAUAACUCUAUCCAGCACAUAAUUCAAAUCAUGGCCCUUUAUUAUUUGACUCAAAAAUUCCGUUAACGUGUUGCAUGUAAGCACACAUAAGUCAUUAUAUUAGCAACUUCUUGACAUAUUGCAUUGAAACUUUAUACCAGGGUUUUCAAACUUUUAACCUACUUUAUUAAUCAAAAUAGUUAACUGUACUUUGGAUAUGAUGCAAAUUAUGACCCUUUAUAAUUGAUUUAAUAACUCUGAAUAAGAUUUUGCAUGUAAGCAUGCAUAAGUCAAUUUAUCAGCAACUACUUGAUGUACCGGUAUUGCAUUAUUGCAUUAAAACUGUCCAACCUGGUUAACUUAACAAGUCAGAUAAUUAUCUUGCAUGUAAUUCAAAUUAAGGCCCUUAUCAUUCAACUUAGAAAUUCUUAUUCAAAGAGGUGAAACAGUUGAGCAUGUCUGUGACAGCUCUUGCUAAUCAGGUCAUCAUUUUAAUACUGCCUAAUGUUAAAUUCACACAAUAUUAAACCAAAUAAAGAAAAUAUGGUACGAAGAUAAAUUCAAUAAAUUCCUAACUAGACCUUUUUCUGGAAUUCUCAACCUCCGAGAAAACUUACAGAAAUAUAACUAUGUUUUCUUUAUACCUAGAAUGAUUUCUGAGCAUUUUAAGACAUUUGUUUACUUGUGUUGUAUGCCAAGAAAUGCAUACUUGAGGGCAUUUAUAAAAUAGAAAUCAAUGCAUUAUGGGUCUGUGGGUCUAGCUGAAGUUUGCUGUUAUUAAAAAGGAAACUCGGUAUUUAGCAAAUUCAUGUAGAGACAUCCCUUUUGGUUGCAUUAGUGACUGUUAGGGGUUGACGAGGCUGUUACUUAAAGAAGAAAAAUGGUUUCCACUAUAUAUUUUGAGUUAGGAAUCAUGUAUAUUUACAGAGCUUGGUGUUUAGCAAGCUCUAGUGGAGAUGUAUGUUUGAAUAACAUUUGUGGUCAGUGGGGUCGAUGUCAUUUGUGUUACUAGUAUUUGAAAUUAAAAUAUUGUUUCCGUUUAGUGACUUAAUCACGAAUGAUGUAUAGUGAUGAGACCUAUUGUUUUGCAAGCUUGUGAUGGCUUUGUGGUUGGUUAGGUCAAUGUCAUGGUUGUUGUUACUGAAUAUAAAAAUACUUUUCAAUUAAUAACUUGGAGUUGAGUUGAAUUUGGUAUGUGGAAACAUAUCUUGUUAAUGAGUUUUAGCUGAAUAUGGUCAUGGUCAUUGCUUCUAAUAAAACUUCUUGAUUUUAGUUAAGAAUAACAUAAAGUGAUAAAGUGUGGUCGCUGCUUGUAUUUCAUUUUCUUGUUGAAGCCAAUGACUAUUUUUAUUUCCCAGUGACAUGUGUGGAAUUGGGUCGGGAAUAAAAAAAAAACACUUGCAAAAAUGAAAAGAACAAGCCUUAUAUGUAUACAAAUUUUUUUUCAUCAAAUCAUCGUAAAUAACUACUAAAUAAUUAUACCUGUUUACCAUAUCUUCAAUAUGAAACGAUAUAUUAAUUCUAAGAUAUGAAAUAGGUAAGAAGUAUACUAUAGAAUGCCUGAAUCUGUGAGGCAUUAUCUCUGUAAUUGUCAGAAUCUUUGAGGCAAAAUCUCUAUAAUUUUCUUUUUACUUUCAAAAUCAAAAAAGUAAAGGAAACAAAAGGUUAGUUGCACAUAAAGUUUAGUAUGUGUUACUCAAUGUAAUGAUGAUACAAAAAUAAGCAUUUUUAUGCCCCCGAAGGUGGGCAUGUUAAAAUUGCACCGUUCGUCUGUCGGUCCGUGUGUCCGGCUCAAUAACUUGUGUCCGGGCUGUAACUUUCCCUUGUAUGGACAGAUUUUAAAAUAACUUGCCACAUUUAAUCCACAUACCAAGACAACCUGUCGCGUGCAAGACCCGCGUCCCUACCUCUAAGGUCAAGAUCACACUUAGUGUUUAUUCACAAUGGAGUGCUGUAUAUAAGGACAUAUAGUAUAGGUUGUCGUGUCCGGGCUGUAACUUUCCCUUGUAUGGACAGACUUUAAAAUAACUUGCCACAAGUGUUCCACAUACUUAGACGAUGUGUCACGUGCAAGAGCCGUGUCCCUACCUCUAAGGUCAAGGUCACACUUAGGUGUUUAUUCACAAUGGAGUGCUGCAUAUAAAGACAUAGAGUAUAGGUUGUCGUGUCCGGGCUGUAACUUUCCCUUGUAUGGACAGACUUUAAAAUGACUUGCCACAUGUGUUCCACAUACCAAGACGAUGUGUCACAUGCAAGAGCCGUGUCCCUACCUCUAAGGUCAAGGUCACACUUAGGUGUUUAUUCACAAUGGAGUGCUGCAUAUAAAGACAUAGAGUAUAGGUUGUCGUGUCCGGGCUGUAACUUUCCCUUGUAUGGACAGACUUUAAAAUAACUUGCCACAUGUGUUCCACAUACCAAGACGAUGUGUCGCGUGCAAGACCCGUGUCCCUACCUCUAAGGUCAAGGUCACACUUAGUGUUUAUUCACAAUGGAGUGCUGCAUAUAAGGACAUAGAGUAUAGGUUGUCGUGUCCAGGCUGUAACUUUUCCUUGUAUGGACAGAUUUUAAAAUAUCUUGCCACAUGUGUUUGACAUACCAAGACGACGUGACGCAUGCAAGACCCGUGCCCCUAGCUCUAAGUUCAAGGUCACACUUAGUGUUUAUUCACAAUGAAAUGCUGCUAAUAAGGACACAGGGUAUAGUUUGGUGUGUCCGGGCUAUAACUUUUUCUGGUAUGGACAGAUUUUAAAAUAACUUGGCACAUGUGUUUGAAAUACCAAGACGAGGUGUUGCGUACAAGACCCAUGUCCCUACCUCUAAUGUCAAGGUCACACUUAGGUGUUUAUUCACAAUUGAAUGCUGCAUAUAUAAGGACAUAGAGUAUAGGUUGUCGUGUCCGGGCUGUAACUUUUUCUUGUAUGGACAGAUUUCAAAAUGACUUGCCACAUGUGUUCCACAUACCAAGACGCGUGCAAGACCCAUGUCCCUACCUCUAAGUUCAAGGUCACACUUAGUGUUUAUUCACAAUGGAAUGCUGCAUAUAAAGACACAGAGUAUAGUUUGUCGUGUCCGGGCUGUAACUUUCUCUUGUAUUGACAGAUUUUAAAAUAACUUGCCACUUGUGUUUGACACACCAAGGCGACAUGUCGCGUACAAGACCCAUGUCCCUACCUCUAAGGUGAAAGAUACACUUAGUGUUUAUUCACAAUGCAAUGCUGAAUAUAAGGACAUAACAGUGUAGGUUGUCAAGUAUGGGUUGUAUUUUUUUAUGUUCAGAGGCAAUUUAAAAUAUCUUAUGUAUUUGACACGUAAAGGCAAGAUCAACUUUUCAUGUACUGACCUUGUCAUAGGUCAAUGUCACUUUCGGGGGCAUUCGUCACAUACUGUGACAGGUCUUGUUAGUUUGUUUUUUCUCAAAAUUAUGCCUGUUAAAAAAGUCAGGUAAUUCUUUAAUACAUUCAACAUUGAUUUAUCUUUGGAGUUGUUAACUUGAUCAAUGAUUGAUUUUCAAAUGUUAAUAAGCAGUGAUUAUCUAAUGUCUUUGCCAAAAAUGCUAUUUUGUUUUAAUGAUUAUUAUGUUUAUGAAUUUACGUUUUAUUCAUGAUAAUAUUAUUCCAAAAGGAUUGUGCAUAAUCACAUUUCCAAAAUAAGUGUCUGAGCGUCGCUUGUCCCUUACCACAAACACUGCAUUUGCCAUUUGAAAAUCUGAGUAUGUUUAGGGUAUGUUAACAAAAAAUGAUCUGUAAAUAUUUGAAAUAAAGUUAUUCGGCUUUCACUGAAGCCAAUGAUUUUUGUCAACAAUUGUACAUUUUGUUCCAUGGAAGUUCACACAAGAGAGUAUGCUGCUUGUUUUGUUCCAUGGAAGUUCACACAAGAGGGUAUGCUGCUUGUUUUGUUCCAUGGAAGUUCACGCAAGAGAGUAUGCUGUUGUUUUGAUCCAUUGGAGUUCAUGCAAUAGAUUAUGCUGCUUGUUUUGUUCCAUGGAAGUUCAUGCAAGAGAGUAUGCUGCUUGCUUUGAUCCACGGCAGUUCACCCAAGAGAGUAUGUUGUUUGUUUUGUUCCAUGGAAGUUCAUGCUGCUUGUUUUUUACCAUCAAAGUUCACGCUAAAGAUUAUGCUGCUGGUUUUGUUCCAUGGAAGUUCAUGCAAAAGAGUAUGCUGCUUGUUUUUCCUUAGACACCCAAAACUAUAAUUAAGGAUGAUUGUCCAAAUUUAAAACCUAGUUUAGCCACCUUGUGGUGUUUUAGUUUGAUAACUUAACCCAGAUUUUCAUCAAACUGAGGCAACAUGUCUUAAGAAUUACUCAUGGAUAACACAGGCAAAUAGCUGUCUUUGGGGGUCAAGCUUGUUCUGAGAAGGUGUAAUAAAAGUGACUACGGGCUCUGCUGAAGAAUACUUUUCUAGAUUUUAAUAUGUAAAGUGAUAAACUUUUUCUUUGUUUGUUUUUUGUUCUUUUUGUAGGGUUAUUUUUAACAAAUCUCUAUUGUUAUACUACUACAAUGUAUGUGUAUGAAACACGUGUGUAUCUUUAUAAAUGUUAUAGAACUACUCUACUCUCUAGUCCAUCUGCUUACUUUUAGUAUGCAUAGACAUUUACAGUUAGAUAAUUAUACUGGUAGUAUAAUCUUAUUUUUUAUAAAUUCUAAAACAGAUUCGUCAUCACAUGUGACAGUAGAAGCCAGGGCCCAUAUUUCAACCGAGGAAAGAUACACAAUUUUUAGAAAUCGAUUUGAUAGAACAUGCAGUAACAUCACUUUAAAAGAACUCUCUUGUAUUUAUGAGGGUGAAGAAAUUGCGUGUAAUAAUGGAAAGUCAUCAUAAGAAGUUUAAAUAAGAAUUAUUGUGUUCUUUAAUAAAUUAAAAUAUACAGAAAAUACUUUAUUGUGCCAAAAUGUGUAUGGCGAAAAGAAUUGAUUUGGGCUAGUGCCGUAAGCAUAUGUAAUCUACUCUUUCAAGAAAACAGCUAAAUGGCUAUAAAUAAAACCAGGUGUGGUAAAAUAAAGGAGAAAAAUAAAAAAGAUUAUUGAGAGACAUUUGAUGAAAAAAUAUAAGUGAUACAAAAACACAAUUCAUUGCAUUGUAAAAGGAUGUUGGUAAAAUUUGUGGGGAGCAGCAAAUCGGCCCCUUACCAAAUCGGCCUACUUUCAAAUCGGCCCCUUAGAUGUUUCGGCCCUGCCAUUUCGUCCCCUUAAUUAAAUUGACUCGAGACGUUUCGGCCCCUUACUGAAUUUCAACAGAGACAUUUCGGCCCCUUACUUUUUAUUUUAUUUUGUAUAAAGAAAAAACAUUUUUCAAAUUGUAUUUCAAAAGACGUUGUACAUGAGAUCUGUAAAGUCACAAAUAGACAUUCAUGAAAUAUAUUGAUAAGAUUGCAAAAGCAUUAAACUCUAAACCCUUGUCUUGAAUAUAAAAAGAAAAAAAAAGAAAGAAUAUACAUUGUUAAAACUUUUAAUAUAAAUCAAAUAUAAUAAAAACUUCAAAGAAAAAUUGUCUUUGAUCAAUGCAUUCUUUGCCAGGCAAACUGUUGGUGUUGUAGGUGUGAAAAAGACUUUCAAAGACGUGUGAGUGUGAUUGAAUAAGUGUCUUUUAUUUCUUAAUGUUUUGUGUUUUGGACUUUUGAUAAUAUUUGUAAUGUCUGAUUCGGAUUUGUGUAUUGUGUGUGAUAAGGUUGUGAGGCCGCUGCAACAGGCCAUCACCUGCGAUGAAUGUGACAGAUGGCAGCACCGAGUCUGCGAUACAGGUGUUAGCAAUAUUAAUGUUUUGUAGACAACCCUAAAAUGUAUAAUAAAUCUUUCAAGAUAUGA